GAGUGAGAGGCAGACGGAGCUCUAGCGGCCAAACUCCGGAUCCUCCGUCCUCACACACACUGCUGAUCCGGCUUCACUUCGGUUUUUUUUUUUUUUUUCUCUCUCCUCUUUUUCACAUCGUGUAUGUGUGUGCGUGUGUGUGGUUUUGUUUUGUUUUUUUUUUCCUACGUGUGUGUGUGUUUGCGUGAGCAUGCAAAGCAACGACCGUCACCAAAACAAGGAAUUAAGGAGAACAUGGCAACAUAUGUUUUACAAAUGCACUUUAUAUUUAUUCAUCUUUAGUCUGGAACUGAAGAGGAGCGCAACGGCGCCGCCGGACUCUGACACGUUUGCGUUCUUCCAUGAGGGGGGUCAGGUAUGCCUGGGGGUGCGGGAUCACUCCCUUAUCCUGUCGCCCUCCUGUGAGGACGCCAACCAGCGCUGGAAGUGGGUGACCCGGGGCCGGCUGUUCAACCUGGGCGCCUCGCUGUGUCUGGGCGUCACUACUGGAAACUACAGCUCCAGAUGGGACCGGUCUCCUCUGGGCGCCUACACAUGUGACCGCGAGCCUCCCAGAGUCCGCUGGACCUGGAGCUGUGGCCAGGUGUUGGACAACCUUAACAACUACCUUCCAUCGCUGUCGCUCUGGAACAUCUCCUCCACCUCAACCUCAACCUCCAACCCCGCCAAGCUCAAGUGGAGGCUGUAUGGUGUGGAUCAGGACCUGUGCUCCAAAACAUACCAAGAGAUCUACACAAUCCAGGGGAACUCUCACGGCCGUCCCUGCUACCUGCCCUUCCUCUACGACGGCCAGUGGUUCCACAACUGCACCAGCAUCGGCCGUGAGGACCUUCACCUGUGGUGCGCCACCACCUACGACUACGGCAAAGACGAACGCUGGGGGUUUUGUCCCGUUAAGAGUAAAGGCUGUGAGACGUUCUGGGACACCGACCCCUUCACGGACAGCUGUUAUCAGUUUAACUUCCAGGCGACCCUCUCCUGGAGUGAGGCUCGGAUCAGUUGUCAGCAGCAGGGGGCAGACCUGCUGAGCAUCACUAAGCUGCACGAGCAGACCUACAUCAACGGUUUGCUGACCGGCUACAGCGCUGCUUUGUGGAUUGGCCUCAAUGACCUGGACAUCAAUGGGGGCUGGCAGUGGGCAGACUCCUCACCGCUCAAAUAUCUCAACUGGGAGCCAGACCAGCCAAACCACGCUGAGGAGGAAAACUGCGCUGUGAUCAGAACUGAGUCAUCGGGCCGUUGGCAGAACCGAGACUGUUCCGUGGCUCUCCCAUACGUCUGUAAGAAGAGACCCAACGCCACCUUAGACCCUUUCACCACAGAUUCAUGGACCGAUGAUGAGAAGUAUGAGUGCGAUGUGGGCUGGCAGGCGUUUCAGGCUGGGUGCUAUAAGCUGACCUCAGAGAAGACGGACUGGGACGUCGCUCAGAAAACCUGCCAGAAGAUGGAGGCUAACCUGGUCAGCAUUCACACCCUGCCCGAGCUGGAGUUCAUCAUGCGCAACAUAAAGAAAGACAUCGACCAGCUGUGGAUCGGACUCCAUGACACCGACAUGCAGAUGGACUUCCAGUGGAGCGACCACACGCCCGUCAUCUUCACCUACUGGCACCCGUUUGAGCCCAACAACUUCCGCAACACCCAGGAGGACUGCGUGUCCAUGUGGGGACAUGAGAGUCGGUGGGAUGACAGCCCCUGUAAUCUGACCCUGCCUUCCAUCUGUAAGAAACCAGGAACAAAGAGCGAUGGGAAACCACAGCACCAGGACUGCAAAAAAGGCUGGAAGUGGCACAGUCCAGCUUGUUACUGGGUCGGAGAAGAUCUGUUCACCUUCGACGAAGCCAGAAAAGCAUGUGAGGAAAACGGAGCCGCCCUGGUCACCAUAACCAACAGGUUUGAACAGGCCUUUGCAAACAGUCUGGUUUUCGGCCGGUCCGGGGACUCCUUCUGGAUCGGCCUCCAUGACCAGGGUCAGGCCAGCCCCGGUUCUUUCCACUGGCUCAGUGGGGAUGAGGUGUCGUACACCAACUGGAAUCGAGACCAGCCAGUCAGCAUCAACGGCGGCUGCGUCUCCAUGGCGACGGGCUUCGCAACCGGCCUGUGGGAGGUGAAGGAGUGCGCGUCGUCGAAGGCGAAGUUCAUCUGCCGUCAGAACCAGGACACGUCUUUGAGCCCCGAACCGCCAGCGCCGCAGCCGACCCCGAGCCUCAGCGGCACCUGCCCUAACGGCUGGAAGAGCAACAGCAACCUGCGCUACUGCUACAAGGUGUUUCACUUCUCCCAGACGGACCAGAGGCUGAGCUGGCUCCAGGCUCACCUGUUCUGCAGAAGACACGGCGCCAACCUGCUGAGCAUCAGCGGCCCGGACGAGGAGCAGUUUGUCCUGCAGAUCCUCAACGAGGCCUUCGGGGAGUCCGAGGAUCAUGAGCAGCACUGGUUUUGGAUCGGACUGAACCGCAGGAACCCUAUGGAUAACGGCAGCUGGAAGUGGAGUGACGGACUGGCAUUCACGUACCAGAACUUCGGCCGCAACUACUACAACAUCCGACAGUGUGCUGCAGCAGAUCUGGGCACCAUGACCUGGCUGGCCAUGAACUGUGACUCUGAGUUAGACUGGAUCUGCAAGAUCCCCAGAGGUGCUGUUGAAAAGGAACCAGAAGACGCUGAAGGCGCCAGUUCACCGGAGUGGAUCGGCUUCCAGGAGGCUGACUACAAGUUCUUCGACCACCGCACCACUUGGGACCAGGCCCAGAGGAUUUGCUCCUGGUUUGAUUCAUCGCUGGCGUCCGUACACUCAGCUGCAGAAGGAGAAUUCCUGGCCAAAACUUUACAUCAGAUGGUGAAGGUGGAGGGCGACAACUGGUGGCUGGGUCUUCACACCUACGAAAACGACGGCCGGUUCCGCUGGUCCGACCACUCUGUCCUCAACUACGUGUCGUGGGCCCUCGGGAGACCGCACGCCCUCAGCCGCGAUCGCAAAUGUGUCCACAUGUCCGCCGGCAAAGGCUGGGCCGAUCAGAAGUGCCACUCGGACCUGCCCUACAUCUGUAAAAGAGUCAACGUUACGGGGACCAUCCCUCCCACUCCUGCGUCCCCCCUCCCACCUUCAGGCUGUCCCGACGGGUGGUCCUCCUAUCAGCAUAAGUGUUACAGAGUGUUUGAUCAGGUAAACCGGGUCACGUGGUCUGCAGCCAAACUGAAAUGUGACAUACAUGGAGGGGUACUAGGAGUGGUGUCCAAUCAUUUGGAGCAAGCUUUCGUCACCACCCUGUUAUACAACACCAGCAUUGACCUGUGGGUGGGCCUGACCUCGGACUCUAAAGGUCAUUUCCAGUGGGCCCAGCCGGGUCUGCUCAGCUACACCAACUGGGCUCCAGGAGAACCACUGGACAACAGUGGACCGUACCACAACCGGACACCGGGAAACUGUGUGGUGAUGGUCCACGGGAACCCAGAGAAGAACACCGGCAUGUGGGCUUCACGAGCCUGUGAGAUGGAGAGCAACGGUUACAUCUGCCAAAAGAAACAAGACCCAGGUCUCCCUCCGGCCCCCGCCUUGAUUCCUGCCUCCCUGUCCAAACCUGUGGAACUGGGUGGAGUCACGUACCGGGUGGUGCAGAAGAACCUGGACUGGACCGGUGCUCUCCAUGUCUGUGAAUCUCUGAAUGGGACCCUGGCCACGGUGAAGGAUGCCUACCAGCAGGGAUACCUGACUCUACUCAUGAACAGCCUGCGCCAACCGGCCUGGAUCGGACUGUACAACUACGGAGGACGGCGCUUCACUUGGCUCGGUGAAGACGAGGUAUCAUACUUAAACUGGAAAGAUGGGGAGCCCAAUCAUAUGUUUGGAUGUGGUCACAUGACCCUUAACGGCCAAUGGAUUAUGACUCCCUGUGAUGCUAAGGUCAACACAGCUCUCUGUCAAAUUAGUGAUGAGCCCGUGGCCCACCAGUGGGUCUACCCUGGCCAGUGUCCCCACUCUCUGGGCGAGUGGGCAUGGGUGCCUUUCAGAAACCACUGCUAUGCCUUUAACCUGCAAAGUCUUAAACUGCAACAGGAUGCAAGAUCAUCUUGCAAGAAAGUGGGAGCUGAACUUCUCUCCAUCUUGGAUGAAACAGAGAAUGGAUUUGUAUGGGAACACAUCCAGAGCUAUGCAGAACAGGCACAUGGAGCUUGGCUGGGCAUCAGCGUGAAAGGUCGGGGUCUUGUGUGGACUGAGGACAUAGAGAUGAUCUACUCAAACUGGGAGGCGCACGAUGUUGCGUUUUCCGUCCUGUCACCGAACUCCUGCUUCUGGAUUCAGAGUAACAGCGGCCUGUGGAAACCGGGGUCCUGCAGAAACCGGACACACGGAGUCAUCUGCAAACGGCCUCGCAGUAUUGAACCUUCACCUUUACCAGUGGACGCUAACCACCUGCCCACUUUGAUCGUUGUCAUGGUAACAGGCCUGUUACUGGUGGCCCUGAUCGUCGGGGUGAUCUACUUGUAUCGUCGGCGAACUGUCGGGUCCAGAGGGUCUUACGAAGGAGCUCGCUACAGCCGCACUAACUCAAAUACGGCCGAACAGGCUGAGAAGAACAUCCUGGUGUCAGAUAUGGAGCUGAACGAGCAGCCGGAGUAGCAGAAAACAAACAAAAAACAGACAAAAACUUCGUGGAACUGGACCUGACGUGACCCAGGAGAGGCAGAUUUCGGUGUGCUGACUCAGAUUCGGAUACACAUUUAUAUAUAUUUUGUUCUAUUGAAACCAAAACAAAAGAAAAAAGAAAAACAGUAUAAAGUGCUAAAUGCCUGUGCAGAGCGCAGCAAAUGACAAUCUAGUUUUGAAAAUGAAUCCCUGGAUUUUCAGUCGUCUCUUUGGCUUUCACAGAACAAUCAGAUCUUCCAUUUGUACAGAUUUUACAAAAAAAAAAAAAAAAAAAAAAAAGACCAUAAAUUGAUUCACUGGGGAGUCUUGUUUUUAUCACAGCUGGAACAGUUUGACAUGAAAUCGGUUUUAUGAAAUGACUCCAUGCUGUUUUCACUGGUGCCAAAGUUUUUGACAUUUCUUUUCCAGAUCUCUCACAAAGCAUAAAAAAGUAGACGUUGACUUUUGACUAAAACCAUUUAUCUGUAUGUAUCCACAGUGUUAUUCAGGACCAAACCCAACUUUCACCUGUUAUUUCUUUACCAGUAUUUACCUAAUCUUAAGGUGUUGCAUCCAUUUCACUUCCAUUGAUUUGUUAUUGUCUUCACAGCUGUUGAAAGCUGUUGCUGAUGAUGCAUGUCACAAUUUUUUUUUUUUUUUUUUUUUUUUUUUUUUUAUGUGAGCCCGCCUCUCUCCUCCGUCCAGAUCUGACACGUCAGCACUGGCUGUCAGACGACGACGGGAGGAAGACGUCCAAAUGUGAAACGUGUUGGGAAGGUGACAGGGGUGACCUCAAACCGUCUGAGGGCAGUACACUAGAAUUAUGCACAUAAAUAGAAGUUAGUAUCGAAAGCUGGCCUUUAAAUAGACUUCAUUGUCUUUUUUAGCGCAGCAGGACCGAAGGCUGUCAUUAGAUGAUCAGACUUUCAGCGUCCACGACUUUGUGUACAUUUUGGCACUUUCUACUAUUACAGUAUCUCGAGUUAAUUCAGUAUUAGUCUCUCCAAUUUGCUUUUUUUCAGUACUCAAAUGAAAACUGCUGCUCAGUGAUUCAUAACUUUUAUUGUUCUGGCUUUUCAUCUAAAGCUGCAUCAGCAUUUUUUUUUUUUUAAAGUUUGCAUUUUGUUUUUUGGACCACAGUGUGUUUUUCUUCUAUCUUUGCUUUUCUAAUGAUGCUGGCUUCAUUAUGAGUUUUGACUGUAGAACAAAUGGUAAAGACAUUUGGAAACUUUCAUGCUUGUAUGGGAUAAUUGCCAGCAGUUGAACCUCUAUAAAGGAAAACAUCCCUCAUGUGAAUGACACCGUUGUACAUAGAAGAGCCAAAGAAUUCACUCUUUUGUAAGAAAAACCUCUUUAAGAUUUCACAUUUAAGCAGUGUAGUUACAGUUUUUCAGUGUUAAUUUUCGUCCUGGAAAAUUGUUUCUUUUUGUUUUUUUUCUCCCCUUCAGCUCCUGCCUCUGAGUGCAUUUCUGUCUUCCUGCUCGAAGGAAUGCUUUGGAGCCGUUUUAGUCUGAGGCUUUUGGUGUUUCACUGAGCUGCUGUGAAAAAAAAAAAAAAAUGCUUUUUUUGCUUCAUGAGUUGGACUAAGAUAGAGGGGGAAGGGAAGAGGCAAAGGGGGUAAGUAGGUGUAUGUAUGUGUGUGUGAUUGUGUGUGUGCAGAGUCUCCAGCUGUGGAAUGUUGAGUCUGCAAGAAGAGCUCAGUGGCACGUCUGGAACCAAUCAGAGAAGGAGGGCUCAGGGACAUGAAGGGUCAGAGAGAAGAUCGAAAAAAGAAAGAACUAGACGAAGCAAAAAAAG